GUCCUGUUUGUGUGCUCCGACUCCCCACCCUUCGUAGCGUACUCCAAGUCUGAAGAUCCCUGGAGCCGCGCAGUCUUGCGUCCCGGUUCCCCAGGCCAACACCAGGCUAGUGGGGUCACUCAACCCUCAACUGCACUUCAAAACCAAGGGUUGUUUCGUCAUUACACACCGGAAAUUGACGGUUGGUGGAGAAGUAGACGAGCCAAAAAAAGGAGAACCGGUUCGAAAACAAAGAGCACAAAUCUCGAAGUCUCAAAUCUCUAUCCUCUCCCUCCUCAUUGACGCCUCAGAUCUACUGGGGAAUCCUAUCAUAGAUCUAUAAAGAUCCCAGAUCCACCAACUAGAAUAUCAAGACAGGAGCAGGAUUUUCUCAAAAAAUGCGCCGCAAGAUCUUGUUGUUCGGCGACUCAAUCACCGAGGAGGCCUUCUCCUCCGGAGGAUGGGCCGCCAGUCUCGCCCCACCACUUCAUCCCGCAGGGUACGGUAAAGUUGCUGCCUCCUCCUGUUUUCUCUUCCGCCCCGCCCUUAUCGGGAUGCCAGCGGGUCAGCUUACCGCCGCGUUGUCUGCUGGUCUAGGUGGACGUGUUGCUGAGGGGUACAGCGGGUACAACACUCGGUGGGCUGGAGGUGAUGGAACAGCGCUCUGGAGGAUGUGGGCACCGCCGAAAGCCGCGCGCGGUGGCGGUGACCGUCUUCUUCGGGCCAAUGACGCUUGCAUCGCCGAUCGCUGCGGGGGGUUCCAGAGCGUGCCGCUGGAUGAGUACCGGCAGAAUCUCAAGGCCAUCUGCUCUUCCCUCAAGGAGAGAUGGCCAGAUACUGCAGUUAUCCUUAUCACGCCACCUCCAAUAGAUGAAGAGGGGCGACUAAAGAAUCCUUAUGUAGAAGACAAUUCAGGUCUGCCAGACAGAACUAAUGAAUCUGCUGGUGCAUAUGCCAGGGCAUGCGGUGAAGUUGCUAAAGAAUCUGGAAUUCAAGUAAUAGAUAUCUGGUCCAAGAUGCAACAGUAUCUUGGGUGGGAAAAGUCUUUCCUAAGGGAUGGACUGCACUUCACUGAUGGCGGGAACAGAUUGUUGUUUGAGGAGGUAGUCAACAGUCUCAGGAAGGAAGGUCUCAGCCUCCAGAGCCUACCUAUCGAUCAACCUCUAUUAUACGACAUCAAUCGUGCUAAUCCCCUUGAAACUUUUAAGAAGUAAGAGACAAGAACUGAAACUUUUGGUAGGUGGAAGAGCAAAACAUUCUAUAUGGUGUUAUGUCUCAUAAUAUGUAUGUAAGAAUCUCAACUGUGUUGUAUGCAUAAUGCUGUCCUUCUGUUUGAUCUGUACUAUAUUAUACGGUCAGCUCCUCUCUGGUAGUGGGUGGAAAGUGACACAUGUUCUUCAAUGGUGUUCAGUUGAUAUAAUUUUCUCCUAUAUAGAGGUUGGUGCACUGCU